GAAAUUCAUUUCCAUCAACAGAGAUCGCUGAUUUGCUGAUCUCCUUAAAUUUCGAGGGUAUAAAUUUUCAAAUCCACAGAGCUUCUAGGGUUUCUCUAUUUCCGCAUCUGCAAAAUCCACAAUAAUGAAACAAAAGUGAUGGAAUUGGAGAGGGAAUGUUCAGCUCUUGAAUCUGCGCAGGAUAACGAAGCAAUAAGCAAUAUAAAUGCUGAAAAGUUGGAUACUAAUUCGGCUGAACAACAAGUGUCAAAUAAUGGAUGUGGCGUGGCUGAGCAAAAGCAAAUGAAUGGGAAGGGAAAUGAAGCUGUGGAGGAGGCUGGGGAUAUGCCUCCAGUUGUGGAUGUCAAUUCUACACCUAUACUUUUGAGUACGAAAGGAAAGGGUUUGAGGAAAUGGAGGAGGAUCAAAAGAGAACCAUGGAUGGAUGGGGAUACUAACGUAGACACUAGCAAGAUGUUGAAGAGGGGUUUGCCACAUUCAGGUAAUAAUCCAGCGAAACCUGGGAAUUUUUCUGCUGGAGUAAUGCAGAAAAGUGAGGGAUCUAAUUCAUCUACAGCUGCCUUUGUGAGGAGUCCUGGUCAGCUGCUUGAUUGCUUUGGUGGAAUUGGUGAUACAGGGGCAGUUAAUGGACCUGCUUUCAUGGCUGGGACGGACUCGGAGAACAGUGAGGGUCAGAGCAGUAGGUCUUCAACUGCAGCUAGUGCCCCAAAAAUGCGGUACACCAAACCUGUGGUUGAACAUGGACGUGAUAAGAGUUGGGUGAGUUUGAGCGGAAAUAGUUCAGUUAAUUCAGUUCAGCUUGGCCAAAAGGGAAAGAAUAAGAUGGAAUCCAGUAAGAAACCUAGAGGAGAAAGGGACAAAAUUGAGAUAGAAAACUCUCAUUCCAGCAUGGAAUCCGACUCAAGAAGCUCCAACUUUGUCUUUAGGGGCACUGAUUUUGUGGCCAAUAAUGGGACAAAAGAAGGAAGAUCAAUGAAUUAUGAUGGAGAGAAUAGUGAUGAAGCUGAGGACAGUGUACGAAAAGAUAGCAGCUACUUCCAGGCUAGUUAUAGUAGGGAAAGUAAUGGAGGUUUUGGAGAUUUCUUGCAGGAGGGUCUAGCUGCAGAAGCGUCUUGGGAGGCAAAAAAUGAGAAAAGUGAGAAUCAUGGCACAUCAACAGAUUUUGAUCCUCUGGCUGAGUCUAUCUUCACACUCCAGACUGCUCAGGAAGCACUUGAAAAAGAGGUUGAAAAAUUUAAAGCACUGGGAAUGGAUGAUGUUCUCUUUGAUGAUCCACUUGGGAAUGGCAGUAGACCGUCGGAGUUCACUUCAGAUGAUCUAAAUGACCAUGGACCAAGCACAUCUGAUCAGUGGCAAUCUGGUGAUAGUGUGCACUGUUCUUUUGACUCCCAGAUAUCUGAAGUGAUUAGCUUGAAACAGAUUGUGAAACUUUCUGAAAGCAAGCUUGUAGAGGCAAGAACCAUGCUUAAGUUGAAAGAAGCUAAAAUCUCUGAGCUCGAAGCCAUUAUAAGCAACAGCUCAAGGAAUGAGGCUGGAAGCAUAGAAACUGAGCUUGAGAGCCUUUUUAAGCAGAAACUUGAAGCUGAGGUUGAGUUCUUGGUAAUAUCAAAGGCAGUCAGAAAUCAAAAAACUUCUGCACAAAUUAGCCUCUUAGAAGAUCAGAAGGCUCUAGCUAAAACCCAAGCAGAAAUGGCAAACAAAAAUGGAUGUGCUCCAAAAAAGGCCGCUCUACCCAACUGUGACGAUGAGAGGUCGCAGAAUUACAGUGAAAAUAUCAUCGCCACAGCUGAUGAUGACGAAACUGUAAAGCUACCGAAGGAGGUUUUUAAGUACACAUGGUGUUUCUUUUUGCAGCUGGUAUUACUGGUUCUUGUUGUUGGACUGUUUUUGUUGCAGCUAUCUCCUCAUCAAGCUGAGGUCAUACCCACAUAGUUAUUUGCAGGCAGUAUUAGAGCUUCGGUUUUUCUUCCCUACCUUCUGUACACUGUUCAUCUCAGCAUUAAGCAAUCUUGAGCAUCAGUUGCGUAGUUUCUUUGAGAUGUUUAUAGACAAUAGAUAGAUCGAUAGACCGAUCAACCAUAUUUCGUGUCUUCUCAUUCUGAUAUUAUCUCAUCCUGUAUUUGUAUAAUAUACUACUGUUCACUUUCUUCAUUGUUGAAUUAAAUUUUUAAGAUGGAAUAUCAUUCAUUGCAUGAUGCCA